ACUAGCUCCGCUCCGACGCGCUUCUCUCCAGAUACUCCGGGAGCUCCAGCCGCGCGGAUCAGGCGCUCCCACCGUUCGGUACCCAAACUUCAGCUGCAGCUACAUUCCAAGCCACCUAAUUUAUUCCUCAAAAAUCAGAAACGGAGCCGCGACACGGGGAAGGAGUCCGCGGAGGAGUAAAACAACAGCAGAGCAAGAAGAGCUCCAGAGAGCUGCCUCACCGGAGCAACAGCUAGGCAUCGGUUGUGUAGGAACCAACAAGUGAGAAGGCGCCGUGUUCCCGGGGCGCAGCCGCAGGCGCAGCAGGAGGAAGCGAGAGCCCGGAGCCCGAGCUCCCGAGCCCGAGCGGCGGUCGCUGCGGCUGCUCUGCUCCGGUCCUUCUGCGCAGGCUGCGCCGGGCGCUGGGCGAGAGACUUCUUUUUUCCCUCGUUGCAAAGCGGCGGCUGGGAGCAGCCGGUCCCCGGGGAGUAUGCGGCGCGCUUGGAUCCUGCUCACCUUGGGCUUGGUGGCCUGCGUGUCGGCGGAGUCGCGGGCAGAGCUGACGUCUGAUAAAGACAUGUACCUUGACAACAGCUCCGUUGAAGAAGCUUCGGGAGUGUAUCCUAUCGAUGACGAUGACUAUGCUUCUGCAUCAGGCUCGGGAGCUGAUGAGGAUGGAGAGAGUCCAGAGCUGACCACAUCUCGACCCCUUCCAAAGAUUCCAUUCACUAGUGCUGCUCCGAGAGUGGAAACCACAACUCUGAACAAGAUACAGAAUAAGAUCCCCACUCAAACAAAGUCACCUGAAGAAAUUGAUAAGGAAAAAGUUCACCUCUCUGACUCAGAAAGGAAAAUGGACCCAGCUGAAGAGGCUACAAAUGUGUAUACAGAGAAGCACUCAGACAAUCUGUUUAAACGAACAGAAGUCCUGGCAGCUGUCAUUGCUGGCGGAGUUAUCGGCUUUCUCUUUGCAAUUUUCCUUAUCCUGCUGUUGGUGUAUCGCAUGAGAAAGAAGGAUGAAGGAAGUUAUGACCUUGGAGAACGCAAACCAUCCAGUGCUGCUUAUCAGAAGGCACCUACUAAGGAGUUUUAUGCGUGAAAACUCCCAUUUAGUGUCUCUAUUUAUGAGAUCACUGAACUUUUAAAAAUAAAGCUUUUGCAUAGAAUAAUGAAGAUCUUUGUUUUUUUGUUUUUGUCAUUAAAGAGCCAUUCUGGCACUUUAAUGAUAAAAUCCCAUUGUAUUUAAAACUUUUCAUGUAUUUCUUUAGAACAACAUAAAAUUCAAAUUUAACAUCUGCAGUGUUCUGUGAAUAGCAGUGGCAAAAUAUUAUGUUAUAAAAACCCUCAAUGUUCAUGGAAUCGGUUUAAACUUUUAUGUGCAAACAUGAAAAGAUUGUUUUUAUUCUACGGUUUGAAGAUGAAAGCUGUUUCAUUUGAGUCUGCAUGUCUCAGAUUGACCUUACCAAGUUCGUCUUACUUUGUUAAUUUAUCUGUUGUUCCCCUCUGCUUUGCUCGCCCCUC